AUGGAGACAAAGAAGAGGAAGGGAACUUUGAAGGAAUGGUUCGCAUCAUCCCAGGCUCUGUUGAGCAUGUUACUAGUGCAAAUUUUUAUGACGGGGUUGCAGCUGUUAGCAAGGGCCGCAUUGGUUCAGGGAAGUUUCAUACUUGCACUGGUUUCUUAUCGUCACAUUGUUGCUGCCAUUUGUGUUGCCCCAUUUGCAUUCUACUUUGAAAGAGGUCGCACAAAGAAGUUCACUUUCGAAGUUUGGUUUUUGCUCUUCAUUAACGCGAUGCUCGGGAUGACUAUGGCUCAAGGAUUCUUCUAUUAUGGUUUGCGAGACACCUCAGCUACUUACUCUGUCAACUUCCUGAACUUGAUUCCUAUAUGCACCUUCUUUGUCUCUGUCAUAUGCAGAAUGGAGAAACUGAGGCUGCAAACUUGGGCUGGUAAAGCUAAGAGUAUUGGAGCAAUUAUGUGUGUUGGGGGAGCAUUAACUAGUAGUCUCUACAGAGGGAAGGAGUUUUAUCUUGGUCAUCGUAAUCAUCACACUAGUACUGCUGCUGUACACAAAACUAACAUGCUUUGUGGCACUUUCUUUUUGAUUGGAAGCUCCUUCUCAUACUCACUUUGGUUUAUUGCACAAGUCAAGUUGCUUAAAGUAUUUCCAUUGAGGUGUUGGGGAAUAAUGAUGACAUGCAUUUUUGCUGCAAUCCAAGGAGCAAUAAUCGGCGUCUGCAUAGAUACCAGUAAAGCUGCUUGGAGAAUAGAGUGGAAUCUACAACUAGCCACAAUAGUCUACUCGGGAGCACUGGCCACAGCUGCUGCAUUUUGCUUAGUAUCCUGGGCAAUUGCACUCAAAGGACCUACUUAUCCCCCAAUGUUCAAUCCCUUGACUCUUGUUUUUGUGGCCUUUGCAGAAGCUAUCUUUCUUGGUGAACCAUUAAGCGUCGGAACGUUGCUGGGUGUGGUUUUGAUCAUGCUGGGAUUGUACUCCUUUUUGUGGGGCAAAAGUAAUGAGACAGUGCUCAUGGCUCAACCUACACCAAAUAUAGCAGCAUCGGAAGUGGCAAGCAUGACUAAUUUGCCUGCUGGAGUGCAAUCAACAGCCACAGUGGCUCCUAGUUCUUCACCUGUUAGCAGUGUAGUUCUUGAAAUUGAAAGGACUAAUCCAAACUGA